GAGAAAAUCAGUGUAUGUAAUGCACCGAGAGUAGUAUAUUGUAAUUGUAUAUAUGUAUAUUUAUACAUAUGUGUAUUUUAAAAUGAUUUUAUUGUAAAAAUAAUAAAUCAGUGGAGUUUUUAUAAAUUUACAAAAUUGAUUAUUUUAAUGGUUUAUUUUUAUAAUAUUUUGGUUUUUUUGUGCAAUAUUUAUGUUGAAAAGUAUAAUAAUAAUAAUGAUAUUGUAAACACUGUUAUUUAUUUUAUAUUACCAUUAUUUUUUGGGUUAUUAAUUGUUUAUGUGUUGUGAAUAAUUAUGAAAAUGGCUCAAGAAAUAAUAGAUAUUAAUCUAACUCACCAAGAAUUACAAAUUCUAUCAGAGUUAGACAGCCGGCAGUUUGGGCUUUUGAAAUUAAACCUACCGGAGCAUGCUAAGAAAAAAGCACUAGUUGUUAAAGCUAUCAAAUAUCUGGAGAAAAUGCUGAUACAGGCCCAAGCUGAGAAAACUAAAAAACGCAGGAGAAAAUUAGACAGCCUCGAAGAUGAUAAUUUUCAAGAUAAAUUUGAGGAUGAGGAUAAAGGGAUCAGUAUAGAUCCCAAAACUUAUUGUAAGUUGGGGCACUUUCAUUUGCUGCUGGAAGAUUACAGCAAAGCGAUGUCGGCGUAUCAGAAGUUUUUUAAUUUAAAAGUUGAUUAUUGGAAGGACGCGUGUUUUCUUUUUGGCCAAGGACUUUGUUAUUAUCAUUUUAAUGCCUAUCAAUGGGCUGUGAAGUCGCUGCAAAAGGUUUUAUGGGUGGAUCCAAGUUUUCCGCGUGCCUGUGAAGUUCAUGUACGGCUCGGUCUUUCGCACAAGGUCCUCUCUGAUUUUGAUGCUUCACUCAAACACCUGACACUUGCACUUAUUGAUGCUAGUACACCAGCAUCAUACACCAAACUUGAAAUCAGAUUCCAUAUUGCCCACUUGUACGAAGUACAAAGUAAAUAUCGGCUGGCCAAGGAGCAUUACGAAAUUUUGCUUAAAGAAAGGGCUCUAUCACUUAAUCUAAGAUCGGAUAUUUGUCGGCAAUUAGGAUGGAUGUACCAUGUGGUUGACAGUUCUAUCCUCGGUGUGCCCAAGCAGCAUAAGCAUGUGUUUGCAAUCCAGCUUCUACAGAGAUCAAUUGAGGCAGAGCCCAAAAGUGGACAGAGCCUUUAUCUGCUGGGUCGCUGUCUAGCAGCUGCUAACAAAAUUCACGAAGCCUUCGUUGCCUACAGAAAUUCUGUCGAGAAAACUGAAGGUAAUGCAGACACCUGGUGCAGCAUAGGUGUACUCUAUCAGCAGCAAAACCAGCCUAUGGAUGCACUCCAAGCUUACAUAUGUGCAGUACAAUUAGACAAAACGCACUCAGCAGCUUGGACUAAUCUUGGAAUUUUAUAUGAGUCUGUUAGUCAACCAAAAGACGCGCUAGCUUGCUAUCUUAACGCUUCGAGAAGUAAUAGUAAUUUAUCAAGUCCUUCGACGGCAUUAGUCGGGCUGGGCGGUGUUAAAUCCGGAGGAAACGUUCCUAUGAAUCCAUCUUUACAUCAACGUAUAAAUUUUCUCCAGAGUCAUCUCAGUCAAGCUCCGAUGCCAUCAGUUGCAGCCAAAAGACGAGCAUUGCCGUCAAUUGAAGAAGCAUGGAAUUUACCAAUAAGCGCCGAGAUGUCUAGUAGACAACAGCAGCAGCCUGCGAGCCAGGCAGGUUAUAAAUACAGUGCGACAACACCUACAGGACCCCCGCCCCCUUAUCCUCAAGGUCAAGGACCAAACAUUGUCACUACAAAAAGAUUUAAAGCCGGCGAUGAGCCAAUAGCCGUUCCGCCUCAACAGCAGCAGCAACAACAGCAGCAGCAGCAACAACAACAGCCGCAGCAGCAACAACAGCGACCUCCCCCAUUUUACCUGACAACCCAACAGCUUCAAAUGCUGCAAUUCUUCCAACAGAAUCAGGGAAAUCUUACCCAACAGCAGCAGGGAGUAUUGCAGCAACUGCAAGUGCAGUACCGACUUAUGCAGCAGCACCAGCAGCAAAUUAGAUCACAGCAGCAGCAAGCCGCUCAGAGGGGAUUAAGACCCGGGCAACCCGGAUAUCCGACAGGUUAUACAAAUAUCAGAGAAGGACAACAGCCCCAGCAGCAGCAACCACAGCCAGGUGUCAUUAAGAACUAUGGAAUGUCACAACAGCAACCACAGGGUGGAACUGUCGCUCUGCAAACCGGAUUUUCGGAUUCAAAUGUUACCUACAAUACCGCCGCUACCGGGAAUACCCAACAGAGUCCCGGUAUGCCGUACAAAUCAGCAGCUGACUCGAGUUAUUCACAGCGUAAUCCUGGUCAGUACAAUCACUACCAGUCUAAUCAAUACGGGACUCAAGGUUACACUCAGAUAACUUCAACAACGGGAAAUAAUUAUCCGGAAAGUAGUUCUGCGGGUGGUAAUAAAGACAUGAAUGUUAUUGAUCAAGAGCUACAUGCUUUGUUAUCACAAAAAGAUCUUGCGACAACCCUGGCUGAAGACCUGCUCAAGCACUUUGGCUCCGAGGAUUUAGAUGUCAAGGAUGACAGCCCGUCCAUUAUGAACAAUGGGACUCUGAGCUCGGGCCCGUUCUCGCCCUCGAAUUUGGAGACCAAUGAAAGAAUAAAGGAAGUUAAGGUCGAGAAGGUGGACACUGACUGUGAAAUAAAUUCGGUUGCUGAAAGUGUUAAGUGUGAGGCAACAUCUAGUACCAAUAAUAGUAAUAAUAAUAAUAAUAGUAAUAGUAAUAAUAUUAAUGUUAAUAAUAGAAUUGACUCACUUCGUAGCAACAGUAGUAAUAGUAGCAAUAGUGAGCCAGUUUUGAAACUCGAGAGUCUGAGAGAAUCCCCGGUCGAUCCGGAAUUCUCAAUAGAAAUGGACGCGAAGAGUAUUAUCGAAGCUUGCAAGGGUCAGGGUUUGAAGGGCGUGCCAAAUUGCUCAAUACUGUCAGAUCGUUCGCCACCACCGUCACCACCAGAUCCUCCGGCUCAGAGACUCACCAGAGAACAGCUUUUGCCACCAACUCCAAGUGUAUAUUUAGAAAAUAAAAAGGAUGCGUUUAGUCCCCAGCUCCAGGAGUUUUGUCUUAAGCAUCCGAUUGCUGUGAUUCGUGGCUUGGCGGCUGCACUUAAGCUUGAUCUCGGUCUCUUUUCGACAAAGACAUUAGUCGAGGCGAAUCCCGACCACGGAAUCGAAGUGAGGACUCAGAUGCAGCAGACUAGUGAUGAAAAUUGGGACCCCAUUAUGUCGCGCAAAGUCUGGGGCUGCAUAAGCCACCGCAGUCAUACGACAAUAGCCAAGUACGCGCAGUAUCAAGCUUCUAGUUUCCAGGAAAGUCUCAAGGAAGAGCGCGAAAAGUCACAGGGUAUACAUACUGCUAAUUUGUCAGACUCGGAUUCGAAAGACAGCACUGGAGUAGUUAAAAAAAAAAAGAACGCCUAUGGAUUGGCUGGACGACCGGGUUCCAAGAUGCUAAGGUUCGGUACCAACGUUGAUUUGUCGGACGAGAGGAAGUGGAAGACGCAGCUGCAGGAGCUGAUGAAAUUGCCGGCAUUCGCUAGAGUCGUUUCUGCUGGGAACAUGCUCAGUCAUGUUGGACACGUGAUUCUUGGUAUGAAUACGGUCCAGCUGUACAUGAAAGUUCCUGGCAGCCGGACACCCGGUCAUCAAGAGAACAAUAAUUUUUGUUCGAUAAAUAUAAACAUUGGACCGGGUGACUGCGAGUGGUUUGCAGUUCCUGACGCUUACUGGGGUGUUAUUCACAAUCUCUGCGAGCGUAACAACAUAAAUUAUCUCCAUGGCAGCUGGUGGCCGUCGCUCGAAGACUUGUACGAUGAAAAUAUACCAGUAUACAGAUUUUUACAACGACCUGGUGACUUGGUGUGGGUCAACGCGGGAUGUGUACACUGGGUACAGGCUGUCGGCUGGUGUAACAACAUCGCCUGGAACGUGGGACCACUGACUGCACGACAGUAUCAACUGGCUAUCGAACGCUAUGAAUGGAACAAACUCCAGUCAUUCAAGUCUAUUGUUCCCAUGGUACAUUUGUCGUGGAAUUUAGCAAGAAAUAUUAAAGUAUCUGAUCCACGUUUGUUUGAACUUAUUAAAAAUUGUUUGCUACGAACAAUGAGACACUGUUGUAUUAUAUUAGAAUUCGUUAAGAACAAAGGCGUUGAAGUGAGAUUUCAUGGCAGGGGAAAGAACGAAGCCUCUCAUUAUUGCGGCCAGUGUGAGAUUGAAGUCUUUAAUAUUUUAUUUAUAAGAGAACAAGAAAAACGUCACGUAGUCCAUUGUAUGGAUUGCGCCCGCAAACAAUCCCCGUCACUUGAAGGAUUCGUGUGCCUCGAGGAGUACAGAAUGCGUGAUCUGAUGGACGUGUACAAUGGAUUUACACUUCACACGACUUCAAUCUCAUCCGCAAUCGUCGCGCCACAGCCGACCCAGACUUCUUGAGGAUUCUUCGCCGAGCACAGAUAUUUCGAUUACUUCUAACCACUACAGUAGGCAAGCUACUUUACGACUUAAAUGUCUGUCUGUCUGGCCAAAAUUUUCGAGAUAUAUAUAUUUAUAUAUAUACAUAAAUAUUACAGUAAUAAGUAAGUCAACAAAAGUAAUAAGCCUCGUCCACGUACCUGAGAGUUACUUUGUGAAAAAGAAAGAAAGAUAGAACUCGUAUGGUGAGAGAGCGUGGAACCUUACGUGUAGUUGCUUUAUUUUAUUUUAUUUUAUUUUACUAUAAAUACAAGUUAGUUAGAACUAUUUGUACAAAUAAUUAGCCUAAUUAUCCGUUAAAUAAGUACCAAGCAUCAAUUUAUAUAAAAAAGAAUCGCCUUUAAACAAUAUUAAUAUUAAUAUUAUUAUUAUUACUAUUGAUAAUAUUAUUUUUAAAUAUUAAAAUUUAAUCGGCGUGUUCUUAUUGAUAUCAGUUUUAUAAAAUAAAUUAUAAAGACCCGCAUACAGCAGUAAACACAAAGAAAUUUAUCGUUAGUGUAAAAGUGAUGAACGCUUUGCCACGUUAAUUAUUUCUUAUUAUUAAUUAUAUCGACCGAUUUUAUUUAAAUUACGAUUAAUACAAUUACGACUACGACUAUGACUGUGACUACACUGCCAAUUAUUAUAUUUAAUCAUUUUUUUAAAUAGUAAAUUGCGCGGCAAGGGAUGAAGUAAGACGAUUUCAGACGAGAGUCAAAUUGACAUCUCAAGUAUGAAGUCGAGUUUUAUUCCGUGCCACGGAAUAUAAUUCUCAUAUUUCCUGCAUUGAUACUGAGAGUUUUAUUGUCUGGAGUCAGUCGUAGUAGAUUGAUUUUUUUAAAAAAGCGCGGCAAAAAAUUCUGUUUUUUAAAUUUGAAAUUUUUUAAUAAUUUGACGAGCAAAAUAACGAAUUUUUAUAAAUUUUUUUUAUUGGAACUGUUUUUUUAAAUUUUUAAACACAAUUGUCAUCUAAUGGCGCAAUUGGGUGACAUCCAUAAGAUGGCAAUUGAGGCUGAUUUUUGAUUAUGAAUUAGGCACCAAAAUGUUGAUAAAUUACUCCGAAAUUUCAUCAGAAAAAAUAUCUGGCAAAAAUUUAAUUACAAAUAAUUAAUGUCAUCUGAAUGACGUCAAUUGAUAUAACGUUUGAAUGCGGGUAAAAAAUACAAAUUUUCUAUUUAUAAAAAUUUGGCUUUGAGACAAAAUAAAUUUUGUCUUGUCUUUUGUAAAAUUUUUUUUGACAUCUCAAAGUUGUCUCUGCUACAAUAAACAAAUGCGAUUUUUUAGGAUUAAAAAAAUCAGUAAUUAAUUUCGUGGGUAGAACUUAAUCAGUUCGACUGACAAAACAUUUAAAUUCGCAACUUCAAUGCAGUUGAUAUGAAUUUUCUUUUUAUUAUCAAUGAUCGAGGACCUUUUUAAAAAAAAACCGCAAUACUACAUGCAAAUCUGCUCAAGGAGAAGCUCGAGGGAGUUUUUUUAACGGGUGACAAAAAAAUGAUAACAAUUUUUAUAAUAAAUAAAUAAGUAACAAUUAAAUUUUUUUUUGCCUAAAUCUCUUGACUCUUUUUAUAUAAAAAAACUAAACUGUAAAUUUUCCUAUAGGACAAUUUUAAUUAAAUAAAUUGAUACAUAUUUUCUUAGGACGCGUCUCUCGCGAAACUUGAUAUUUUAUAAAAUAAAUAAUAAUAAUAAAAUAACGGUACUUUAGUAUCUCGAUUAAUAAAUUAAUUAAAUUAACGAAUGAAAAUAAAUGAAUUUAAAAGUUGAUAAAAAGAUAAAUGCGCGCAACUGAUAAAAUGUGUAUGUAAUUUUUAAAAUCAGUGGAAUAUAGUUUUAUUUAAAUUUUUAUUUAAGAUAAUUAUUAAUGAGUAAUAAUAAUAAUUAAAAAAAAAAUAUCACGGGAUUUUAAUAUGAAAUGUUGCACGCAAUAAUGAUCUCAGUUCAAUAAAAAAUAAAUCGGCAGCAACUUUCAAAUUUAUUCUGCCAAUUAUUUAUAAAUGGAUUGUAAAAAAUAAAUAAUAAUAAUAAUAAUAAUAAUAAUAAUAAUAACAAUAAUUAUGAUAAAUUUUAUAAUUUGUUUAGUUGUAUUGUAUUGUAUUUAAUUGAUCAAUUAUGAAAAAUAAUAAUUUAGGAUUUAAAAAUAACGCGCGUGCGUU